AAAUUUUACCCAUAAUGGAAUUACAUGCCAGUUACCAAAUGAUACGUUUAAGUCAUAAAAUGUCGUUUCUUUGUUCAUUCGUUUUCAUUGUCACUGGUGAACAUGGCUGCAGACUUUCAAGAUGGGACUAAAUACAUGUCAAGUGUUCAUUUAUUUUUCAGCUGUAUAUUAAAACUCAACAUGUCACCGGGUCUCUGAACAGUUUCAAGUAACUGCCCUCUCAUUUAUUUAGGGUAGAUAGAAAGGAAUUCACAUUUUGAAAAAUAAGUGCAAAAUCUAUUUAAUUAAUUUUAUGUCUAUAGGUACCAUUUUAUGUGAUUCUAGAACAAUCUGCUUGAAAAAACAGCUACUUUUCUAUUUGAAGCAUUUCGGCUCUAAGGUCUGUGCGAAAGAAAUUACUAAUAUGUCACAGAUACAUUUUGUUGGAUGAAGCUCACCCUACUUUGCAGAAAAACAACAUGUUAAAACUUCAUUCCUGACUGUUUGGAUAAUUUUUAAUCAGUGCUUUGGUCCUGUAUUCAAGAACAAAGUCAUGUAGGUUUCACCAAGAAGCCAUCUUCAGCAGCCAAGAUAAUUUCAUGGAGAAAGUUUGAUUCGUUUUAUUUUUAAUGUGAAAUGGUAAAGCUGACUGACUCACAGUAUUAAUGCUUGAAUAACUUCUUAUCUGUGCAUCCUUUUUUUGUUUUUCAUUUCUUAUUGUAGGCAUCUCCUAUUGAGCAAAGGACACACCACUUCUAAUACUGAAUAAAUUUGAUAAUAAUGAUUACAUUUUAUGGAUUAGAAACACACAAUGUCCAUAAUAUUUCAAUAAAUGCAACAACGUAUUUAAGCAAUUCAACAGUGUUACUCACUACUUCAGAAAAAGUGGAACUACAACCAGGUCUAAUUGCCUUAGUAUCACUGAUGGCCUUUGUACUCUUAGUUAUGAUUGCAACACUGUUAUUACCGAAAUCAAUACAAGAUAAUCUGUUCCAGUUAAUUUUGAAUCAGACACCAGAUCAAACAUUUAAUUAUAUUGAUGUUGGUUUGUAUAAAACUAGACACUCCAUUUAUCGUAAAGAAGUUUACUCCUUAGCUAUGCAAGGCAACCAAUACAGAAAACGAGAAGAAACGCAUACCUUACUUAGUAGUGAUAAGAGUAGCAAUUCAUACAAAUAUAAAAAUAACAGACAGUUAAGACCAUUAGCUACAAAGUCAGUUAUUGCUUCCGUUUCAACUCCAGAGGAUUAUGAAAAGUCUGAUCAGUGUUCAUGUUCAACCUCAGUAUGUAAAUCAACUCUCUCUUCAUGCAACUGUCAAAUUCAAAAUGACAGUGUUCAGAUGAAAAACACAAAAUUAGUAACGUUUUCUACAAAAACCUGCUGUCAUGAGAAUGAUGAUGACGAAAAUAAUCAUAAUCAUAACUGCAAUAAAAAUAUUGACACUAAUGUUAGCUGUGAAAGCUGUAUGUAUGCUGGCAGUCGACGAAAUUCAACUUCAAAUCUAGUCAGAUAUGAUUCGUCAACUUGGAAUUCAUUUAAUUUACUAACCACUUCCUUAAACACUAGAUAUUCCCUUCCUUUACGCUUUACUCAAAGCAAUCAAAGCAUAGAUUCACUAAAGAGACUUCCAUCCUCACCAAUAUUCCCGAAAUCAAAACAGUCAUUGUUGUCAAGUAAACGUGUACGAUUACAACUAUCAGAUAUUUAUGUUGACAGAUGUAAAUAAUGUGAAUAUCUUUCAUUUUUAUAUUUAGAAUACAAAUGAAUCUGGCUGGAUAGUCAGUGUAUUAUAGUUUACACAGUUGUAUGUUUGUCGUUUACACAAAAGAUGAAAACAGUACUUAAUAACUGAAGUUAAAUUCAAAUUGGAAUAGCAGUACAGACAGUGAAGCAGUGGCUGGUAACCUGUCACUUGUCUGGAUCUAACUGCAAUCCAGGUAAUCGUUUACCUUCAGUUAUCUUUGUUAUAUGAAAUGCGGUUAUUUUUUUCCUUCAGUUAUUGCCUACUCAAUUUUUUGUAAAUUAUUCCCUUUUGUUCUUCUAGUAUAGACAAACGGAAUAAAUACUUUUUCACAGUUGUUUGCUUGUUUGUAAUUAUUUAUGCGAAAUGUACACGUUGGGAGAUGCUAUUCUCAAGUUGAACUUGAGUGGGAGGGGGAUAUGACAUAAACUAAACGAGUU